AUGGGCCUCUUCAAAAAUUAUCGCGUUUACAUCCUCACAGCCGUGGCCUAUUCAGGGUCACUUCUUUUCGGCUAUGAUACGGGUGUGAUGGGUAGUGUCCUUUCACUGGACAGCUUCAAAGAAGAUUUCGGCCUACCUACUGGCUCUUCCGGCUUUGCAUCCUCAAAGAAUUCCGACAUCUCUUCCAACGUCGUAUCCUUGUUGACCGCCGGCUGUUUCUUCGGCGCCAUCUUUGCUGCUCCCCUCAACGAGCGCAUUGGACGACGCUACUCCCUCAUGAUCUUCUCUUUUGUCUUCCUCAUCGGCGCGGCUAUUCAGGUCGCUUCCCUACACUCCAUUGGCCAAAUAUACGGUGGUCGUGUCAUCGCUGGCUUGGGCAUUGGCGGCAUGUCCAGUAUCACUCCCGUCUUUGUGAGCGAGAACUGCCCUCCGGAAAUCCGUGGUCGAGUUUCCGGGAUGUUCCAGGAAUUCCUGGUCAUUGGAAGCACCUUCGCCUACUGGCUGGACUACGGCGUCUCCCUUCACAUUCCUUCAAGCACAAAACAAUGGCGUGUUCCCGUGGCCGUCCAGCUGAUCCCCGGCGGACUCAUGCUCAUUGGCCUUUUCUUCCUGAAGGAGUCUCCUCGUUGGCUGACUGCCAAAGGCCGCCACGAGGAGGCUCUUCAAUCUCUUGCAUACAUCAGGAACGAGCCCGCAAACAGUGAAAUGGUCCAGACGGAGACUGCUGAGAUCAGAGCCGCCAUUGACGACGAGGUAGCAGCCACAGAGGGACUGAGCUUUAAGGAAUUUCUCCAAAAGAGUAACCUCAAACGCUUCGCUUUCGCCUUCGUUCUCAUGUUCUCCCAACAAUGGUCUGGAACCAACUCAAUAGGUUAUUAUGCUCCGGAAAUCUUUCAAACUAUCGGCCUUAGUGCCACGAACUCUUCUCUUUUUGCCACGGGCGUAUAUGGAACCGUCAAGGUGGUUGCGACGGCUAUCUUCUUAUUCGUCGGUAUCGACCGCUGGGGCCGUAAGCUCAGUCUGAUCGGGGGUGCCAUCUGGAUGGCCAGCAUGAUGUUUAUCAUUGGCGCGGUCUUGGCCACGAAUCCCCCUGACACCAGCGCCAGUGGCGUUUCUCAGGCCUCCAUCGCCAUGGUCGUCAUGAUCUAUCUCUAUGUCAUUGGCUAUUCUGCUUCCUGGGGUCCCACCCCUUGGGUCUACGUGAGCGAGAUCUUCCCAACCCGGCUACGUGCAUACGGUGUUGGUCUAGCAGCCACCUCCCAAUGGCUCUGGAGUUUCGUCGUCACCGAAAUCACCCCCAAAGCCGUCCACAAUAUCGGGUGGCGCACGUUCCUCAUGUUCGGUAUCUUCUGCGUUUUCAAUGGCGUCUUCGUUGUCAUCUUCGCCAAGGAGACCAAAGGCCGCAGUCUCGAAGACAUGGACAUCCUUUUCGGCGGCGUCAAUGAGGCUGACCGUCGCGCUGCAGUAGAAAAUACCAUGCAUAAGCGUGGUUCCACACACAUUGAGGACUUGGAAGAUGAGGAGGCCGACCGUGUCCGCCACGAGCAGGACAAGGUCUAG